AUGUCCCGCCUCUUCGCCGUCGGUUCCCUGCUUUUCGUAGGUGUUGCUCUUCGUGAUCAAUCCAUAGCUGUCAAAGGACGACUCACUUGUGGAGCGAAGCCAGCAGCGGAUGUGCUGGUAAAACUGUGGGACGAAGACAUCGUAAUCAGCGCAAAAUUCUACUGCUUUCACUUGACAGAUGUCAAUCCGUUCUCAUGGCUUGAUCCUCAUGACCUGCUCGACUUGAACCACUCCAAUUCGAACGGAGAAUUCCAACUCGCUGGAGCAACAACGGAAUUCACGGCAAUGGAACCUGUUUUGAGCGUCUAUCAUGACUGUAACGAUGGUAUUAAGAGCGGCGUGCGCAAGUUGAGUAUUGGACUUCCGGAUCAGUACAUCACGGCUGGUAGGACACCACUGAAGACCGUCGAUAUCGGUAUCAUCAACUUGGAGCUCAGUUAUAAAAAGGAAGAAAGAGUGGAUGAUGAUGAAGAAGAAAUUUUGACCAAGUAG